AUGCGUGCGGCGCUUCUUAUCCAGCGCUGGUAUCGUCAAUACGUGGCUCGGCUGGAGAUGAGACGCCGCUGUACCUGGCAUAUCUUUCAGUCUAUCGAAUAUUCUGGAGAGCAAGAUCAUAUCAAGCUUUAUAACUUCUUUGGUUUUCUGAUGGAUCAUUUCAGACCUGACAGCAGCCAAAGAAACCUCAUCUCUCAUAUAUUUCAUGAGAGUGAUGUGUUUCAGGAUGUGGAGUGGGAGAGAUAUUUCUGUUAUAAGAACAUUGAGGUUCCAGAUGUUUACCCUGGACCUCAUCUCACAUUCCCACUGACCAUCUUAAACGUCACAGAGCUUGUGGACGCCUUCAAAAACAAACAAAAACUUCAUGCGCGCUAUGUGCUACAGCUCCUGGGGAAAACAUGGAUGCUUCUCCGUUUAUUGCCCAACAUCAGUCACGUGUCCACCUGCAAAUAUAAAGAAAUCACCAUCUGUGGAGAUCUGCACGGACAUCUUGAAGAUUUGCUGUUGAUUUUUUACAAAAACGGUUUUCCUUCAGCAGAGACACCGUAUGUGUUUAAUGGUGACUUUGUUGACCGAGGAAAAGAAUCCAUUGAGAUUCUCCUGGUACUGUUUGCCUUCCUGUUGCUGUAUCCACAUGAUGUGCAUCUAAACAGAGGAAAUCAUGAAGAUCAUAUAGUUAACUUGAGAUAUGGCUUCACUAAAGAAGUUCUUUUGAAAUAUCGGGUUCAUGGAAAACAGAUUCUUAAACUUCUGCAGAAGAUCUUCAGCUCGUUACCGCUGGCAACAGUGAUUGAUCAGAAAGUUUUGAUUCUACAUGGAGGAAUUUCAGACAGGACAGAUCUGAACUUGAUUGCCAAACUGGAUAGACAUCAGUUUGUUUCAGCGCUCAGGCCGAUGCAGGGCAGAGCGUCUGUGAGGCUAAGGGAAGCAAGGAAAAACGAUGACAUCAGUGACGGACGGAGAAGAGUUCAGUCUCUGUCUCACGGCUUACCAGUACGACCCAGACAGGAUCAUCCGCGCCAUUCUGUGCAUUCUGCAUUUGGACAAGCGGGCUGGCCCAUAGAGUAUGAACCGAGCGAGAGACGCUGUUUGUUAGGUCUCGGUCCCUCAUCAGAACCGCAUUCUGCUAAAGUUCUGGAGACAGAUGAAUGGAAACAGAUAGUAGACAUCCUGUGGAGCGACCCGAUGGCCCAGAACGGCUGCGUCCUCAAUGAGGUUCGAGGGGGCGGCUGUUACUGGGGACCUGACGUCACUCAGAAAAUACUGGACAAACACAAACUACAGCUGCUGAUCAGAUCGCACGAGUGCAAACAGGAAGGUUACGAGUUCUGCCACAACAACAGGGUCCUGACGAUAUUUUCAGCCUCAAAUUAUUAUGAUGUGGGAAGCAACAGAGGCGCUUACAUACAUUUGGGUUCUGACCACAUCCCUCACUUUAAACAGUUUCAGGCCAGCCAGACGACACGAGAGCUGACACUCAGACAGAGUGUGAGAUGUACAGAACGCUCUGCUUUACAGGCUCUGAGGAUGCAGCUGUUUACACACAAAUCUGAAUUGAUGCGGGAGUUUAAGGAACACGACCCACAAGAUGCAGGUCUUAUAUCUCUGAGGAAUUGGGCUCUUGCCGUGGAGAAGGUUCUGCGUCUGGGGCUCCCGUGGAGGGUUCUGAGAUCUCAGCUGGUACCCAGCACACAGGAUGGGAUGCUGAAUUAUAAUGACUGGUUCAACCAGCUGUCCAUAAUCCAGCCAAACACUAAAAUCAACAUAAGUCUGCUGGAGACCCUGUACAAACAUCAUUCAAACCUAGAGACAAUCUUCAGAAUAAUUGACACGGAUCAUUCAGGUCUGAUCUCAUUCGAGGAGUUUCAUCAGACAUGGAAGCUGUUGAGCUCUCACUUACAGACCAACAUAUCUGAUAAAGCCAUCUCAGAAUUGGCCGAGAGCAUCGACUUUAACAAGGAUGGGAGUAUUGACAUCAAUGAGUUCAUGGAGGCUUUUCGACUGGUGGAACAAUCUAGAACCGAGUGUAAUCAGAUAUCAAAUUCACCUGAAUAACCACAGGUAAAAUAGGACGAGUGACAUCGGACUUUAUCCGUUUAUACGUCACUCACACAGCUACGCU